UGAUUUCGUUCACUUUAAAAAACAUGCAAGCUGAUGUAAUACUUUAGUCGAUUAUUUAAUUGAAAUACAUGUUAAGGACGUUCCGGUUAUUCAUUAAUUACAUCCUAGGCGAUUGACUGAAAGGUGGUUGAUAAAAUGAAUCAGUUAGUGUGUAGAUUUAGUCGACCAGCAUCGAACUUUCUUGUCCGCCAUGUGAACGAAUAUUCCAGUGCGACCGUCCGAUCAUUUAACUCUAAUGCGACUGGUGUCGUUCGGCGAAGUGAGGGAGCAUUGGUGAACCAUGUCCGUGGAAUGUUGAUGCGGAACCACUGGAGCAACGUGCCAAUGCGGAAUGCUCUAUACUCGGUUCAAGUUUUGAGUUCGCGUGCGUUUUGCAGCAAACGAGAUCCGGACGAAGAUGAGCCGGGAAUAGAUCCGGAACCUGUGCCGUUUUCAAGUCAACUCCCAGCGACUGUAGCCAUUCCGGAGGUAUGGCCUCACCUGCCAGUGAUUGCAACCAAGCGGAAUCCCGUUUUCCCCAGAUUCAUGAAGAUCUUAGAGGUAACAAACCCAAUGCUAAUUGACCUAAUUAGACGGAAGGUAAAGUUAAACCAACCAUAUGCUGGUAUUUUCCUCAAAAAAGAUGACGAAAAUCCCAACGAAGUGGUGGACAAUCUGUCCGAAGUCUACGACGUUGGUACAUUUGCACAAAUUCAAGAAAUGCAAGAUCUGGGCGAUAAGCUCCGUCUAGUAGUGACGGCCCAUAGACGUAUAAAAAUCGUUGGCCAGUUGUACGAGGAUCUGGAUGCCAUCCAUGAGGGAAAGCCAAUGACAAUAAAAUAUCCGUUCUCUAAAACGCAAAUCAAUGUCUCAGUGGACGAGAGCGACGCCGAAAAACGACGUCGGAAGCACAAGAACCGAAAUAAGAAAAUUAUACGGAACGUCAACAACGACAGUACCUUGGACGGCGAAUCAGUUGAGGAACCUCCAAAGAAACGGUUGCUUCAGGAAGGAGAGCAACAGCCCUUACUGAUGGUAGAGGUUGAAAAUGUCAAACAUGAAUCGUUCAAGCACACGGAUGAGGUAAAAGCACUGACGCAGGAAGUUAUCAAAACCAUUCGGGACAUUAUCACGAUGAAUCCUCUUUACCGGGAGAGUUUACAGCAGAUGCUCAAUCAAAAUCAACGUGUCGUUGAUAAUCCAGUGUAUCUGUGUGAUUUGGGAGCUUCUUUGUCAGCAGCAGAUCCGCCAGAGCUACAGGGUAUUCUGGAAGAAAUGGAUAUACCCAAACGAUUGAUGCUGGCCCUGUCACUGCUGAAAAAGGAACUCGAGCUUUCGAAAUUACAAGCCAAAAUUGGCCGGGAAGUGGAAGAAAAGGUUAAACAACAGCACCGGAAAUACAUUCUACAGGAACAACUGAAAGUUAUCAAGAAGGAACUUGGUAUCGAGAAAGAAGACAAGGACGCCAUUGGGGAGAAGUACCGCGAGCGCAUCAAAGACAAGGUGGUCCCCAAAGCGGUCGCCGACGUUAUAGAGGAAGAAUUAAAUAAACUUAAUUUCCUGGAGAGCCAUAGUUCGGAGUUCAAUGUGACCCGAAACUACCUGGAUUGGUUGACGACGCUCCCUUGGGGUGUUAUGAGUGAAGAAAACUUGGACAUUGAUCGUGCCUCGGAAAUUCUCGAUGCAGAUCAUUACGGCAUGGAGGACAUUAAGAAGCGCAUUCUGGAGUUUAUUGCUGUGAGUCAAUUGAAGGGUACGACUCAAGGCAAAAUCCUGUGCUUCUAUGGACCACCGGGUGUUGGUAAAACGAGUAUUGCUCGUUCCAUUGCACGGGCGCUCAAUCGGGAAUACUUCCGGUUCAGUGUCGGUGGAAUGACUGACGUGGCGGAAAUCAAGGGCCACCGUAGGACAUACGUUGGAGCGAUGCCAGGAAAAUUAAUACAGUGUUUGAAGAAGACUAAAACGGAAAAUCCUUUGGUACUGAUAGACGAGGUCGAUAAGAUUGGAAAAGGUUAUCAAGGUGAUCCCAGUUCGGCGCUUCUCGAACUUUUAGAUCCGGAACAAAACGUAAAUUUCCUCGAUCAUUACCUCGAUGUACCAGUUGAUCUAUCCAAAGUACUGUUCAUUUGCACAGCCAACGUUAUAGAUACCAUUCCUGAGCCAUUGCGAGAUCGUAUGGAAAUGAUUGAUAUGUCAGGCUACGUUGCUGAGGAAAAGGUGGCAAUCGCAAAGCAAUACCUGAUUCCUCAAGCAAAAAAGAAUUGCGGACUGGAGGAUAAGCAUAUCAACAUCACCGACGAAGCGUUGAACUUGUUGAUUCGCUCUUACUGUCGUGAGUCUGGAGUGCGAAACCUGCAGAAGCAAAUAGAGAAAGUUUUUCGGAAGGUGACAUUUAAAAUAGUUCGCAAGGAAAUUGAAUCAGCUGAAAUCACUGGCGACAAUCUCAACGAACUGGUAGGCAAACCAAUUUUUACUCAUGAUCGAAUGUACGAAUCGACGCCACCGGGGGUGGUCAUGGGGCUGGCAUGGACAGCCAUGGGUGGUUCUGCUUUGUAUAUCGAAACCGCCAAACGAAAGCUAAUCGAGCCAAAGGACAAAACAGGCGAUGGAUCACUAGAACUAACCGGUCAUUUGGGCGACGUGAUGAAAGAAUCUGCCCGAAUUGCUCUUACCGUGGCACGAAAUUACAUUAAACGGGACGACCCGAAUAACGAUUUCCUCGAGUCUAGUCACAUUCACUUGCAUGUCCCAGAGGGAGCAACGCCAAAAGAUGGUCCAAGUGCCGGUGUUACGAUAGUUACAGCGCUGAUGUCUCUUGCCAAGGGUAUACCCAUCCGGCAGAACGUAGCGAUGACCGGGGAAGUGUCACUUAUGGGCAAGGUUCUACCGGUUGGUGGUAUUAAAGAGAAAACAAUCGCUGCCAAACGAAGUGGGGUGGAUUGUAUUAUUGUACCGGAGGAGAAUAAGAAAGAUUACACCGAUCUGCCUAAGUUUAUCACGGAUGGAUUGGAAGUGCAUUUCGUUGACCAGUAUGCAGAUGUUUAUAAGAUUGUGUUCGACGAGAACAGUAAGAGGGGAUAGUAGUUAGAGACGAUUUACAGCUUCAGUGAAGUGUGUAAGCUAUUAUUGUUAGGCCUUCGUUAGUGUUCAUGUUGAAGAAUCGAAUAAAGGCAAUGCAUUGGAGAUGAA